CGACCAGAACCCCAUCCCAUCCCCCAUCGAUACCAGGCGCGCCAAUAUCGCAGCCAUGGACACUCAUCUGCUACUGCGACAACUCCUCCGCGCACCCUCCACCUACCGCACAAUCCUCACGCCCACCAUGGCGCGCCCUCAAACCCGGACGUUCGCGCUCCUCUCCCCCCAGCUCUCGCUCGCGCAUCCGCGUCACCUUUCCUUGCCCCGGAUAAUCCAGCCCAGUUUCUGGACCUCCAUGAUCCCGCGCCCCCUCAAAGAGCGGCCCUCGAAACCGAAGAAAACGCGCGAAAUAAACCCUGCGACGCCGUACAUCGUCCUAGGCCUGCUCGUCGGCAGCCAAGCGAUCCAGAUACUGUGGCUAAAGCAGGAAAGAGGGCGGGAGAUGAGACGAGCGGAGGCGAAGAUAGGCGUGUUGAGGGAGGUGGUGGAGAGGGUGCAGAGGGGCGAGGAUGUGGAUGUUGAGAGGGUGCUGAGAACUGGGGAUCAGGAGGGGGAGGGGGAGUGGGCGGAUGUGCUUAAGGAGAUUGAGGAGGAGGAAUUGCUGUUUCAGGGUAAGAAAGUUAGAAAGGCGUUGAAGCAGCAGGCUGCUGCUGCUGCUGCUGCGAAGGAGGAAGGGAAGAUGCAGAAGGAGCCAGAGAAUGAAGUGGAGAGUAAGGAGGUGCAGGAGGGUAAGGUAAAGGUUGAGACUGUUAAUGGGGCGAGGUUUUAUUGAAGUGGGAGACAAUACAUUUUCGGAGCGGCUGUACUAUAUACCAACAUACCCAUCGAAAGCAUCAUACGCAACUUCCCGAAUAUUCCGCCUUCGAAAGCUUUCCGCACACCGUCUGCGACCCCCUCUGAAUGUUUUCCGAUCCUCGCAGCGAUCCAAGCUUCGAAGCGCUACGAUUCGCAUGAUCUGACCACCUAGACUAGACGGGGUUCACGAGACAGACGAGCGGCGGUCACGAUUGAGAAGUGGGUUGGAAACCCCAAGCAAGGUCGGUAUUUAGAAGGUCCUGCUGUCUUGGACGUUUACAAAGUGGUCAUUUGGAUAUCAGACAAAA